ACCUGCGCGAGCAGAGCCCAGAUACCAUUGUUAAGCAGCGGGUGAAGGUGGAACCCUUCAGGAUGUGCAUUUACUUUACAAGAAGGUUUAUGUAGCGCAUGGGCCAAAUCAUUUUAACCAUGAACAUCGGCGGUACCUGAUUUUACGGAUGGCCGUGGUAAUGUCCAGUUUUCCGUUUCGUGUUCAUGUGAGUCAAAAACGUAGGCUAUUGCUGUAAGUGGAAGAUGGACAUUCCUUUCAGAUAUAAAAUGACAACAACUUUCAAUAUAUAGGUCCCCUGCAGGACCCCUCAUCAUGGCCAGUCGUUCCUCCAGCCCCAUGGAGGUCUUCGGGGAUUGCGGCUCCCUGCUAUCUCUGGAGUCCAGCGUCUUCUAUAGUGAGCCUCCACCGACCAAUGAGGACCCGCUGGACUUUUUUGUCAUCAAUGUGGGCGGCAGCCGCUAUGUCCUGUCCCAGGAGCUGCUGUCGUCGUAUCCGGAGACACGUCUGGGGAAGCUGGCCCUCUCCCCCAGCCGUGCCUCAGCCCUGGACCUCUGCGACGACGUCAACCUUCUGGAGAACGAGUUCUUCUUCGACCGCAACUCCCAGGCCUUCCGCUACGUCAUGAACUACUACAAGACGGGCCGCCUGCAUGUGAUGGAGGAGCUCUGCGCUCUGUCCUUCCUUCAGGAGAUCGAGUACUGGGGCAUCGACGAGCUGAGCAUCGACGCCUGUUGCCGGGAGCGGUACUACCGGAGGAAGGAGAUGAAGGAGUCGCUGGAUAUCUUCCAGGACGCCGAGACGACGGGAGGGGAGGAGGAGGACUUCUCGGGCGUGGUCUGCGAGGGCCUGCGGCAGCGGCUGUGGGAGGUGAUGGAGAAGCCGGACUCCUCGCCGGUGGCCAAGACCUUCGGCACGCUCUCCAUGUUCUUCGUGGUGGUCUCCAUUAUCAACAUGGCGCUGAUCUCGCUGGACUUCGGAACGCUGGGGCCACCGUUCCUGGACGCCCUGGAGUACGUGUGCAUCGUGUGGUUCACGGCAGAGCUGGUCCUCAGGUUUGCCUGCGUCAAGGACAAGUGCAAGUUCAGCCGGAGUGUGGUCAACAUCAUCGACCUGCUUGCCAUCCUGCCAUUCUACGUGACGCUGGUGGUCGAGAGCCUCAAUGGCGGGUCGACGGAGCUGGAGAACGUGGGGCGCGUGGUGCAGGUGCUCCGUCUGAUGAGGUCGCUUCGGAUGCUGAAAUUGGGGCGACACUCCACAGGCCUGAAGUCCCUUGGCAUGACGAUUGCCCAGUGCUAUGAGGAAGUGGGCCUGCUGAUGCUCUUCCUCUCGGUGGGCAUCUCCAUCUUUGCCACGGUGGAGUACGCGGUGGAGCAUGACGUGCCCGGCACCACCUUCACCAACGUCCCCUGCGCCUGGUGGUGGGCCACCACCUCCAUGACCACGGUGGGCUAUGGCGACAUCCGCCCCGACACCACGGUGGGCAAGGUCAUCGCCUUCCUCUGCAUCCUGUCAGGCAUCCUGAUCCUGUCGCUGCCCAUCGCCAUCAUCAACGACCGCUUCUCCGCCUGCUACUUCACGCUGAAAAUGAAGGAUGCGGCCCUGCGCCACAGCGAGGCCCUGAAGAGGCUGACCCGCAGCUCCACCUCCGACAUCUCGCUCAGCAUCAACCUCCGCGACGUCUACGCCCGCAGCGUGAUGGAGAUGCUGCGGCUGCAGGGGCGGGACAGGGCGAGCACGCGCAGCAGCGGCGGGGAUGAGCUGUGGUGGUAGAACAGGUCCUGUGGGGCACGGUGUGGAGAUGCGU